AUGAACGGGGACCUCAGCUUGUCCCAGGCUCUGGGAGGGCUUCGGAUAGCUAAUCCAGACGAUUCGCCUCUUCCAACGGAGGAUGCGACCGCUGGGUCAACAGGCUCCAGUCCGUUCGGAUUGCCGGACGGUUCGGUAUCAACACAACACAAUCCCGCACAAGACGACCCCUCUACUUUUCCUCCUGCACCUAUCGAAGUUCCUGGGACAGAUGACCGCCAGACUUCAUUCCCUCAAGCGUCCCCCGAUAUAUCACCACCACCAUACCAGCCGUACUCGGCCCCGCCACUCUCAUCGCCUCCGAAUCCCAACCGACCCCUUUCCUCCGUAUACCUGAAUGGCUCGGCAACGUCGGUCCUCCCCCGUGAUAAUACGUAUCGUAUUCGAACCGAUUCCGGUGCUUCAUCCACAUCUGGGUCUCAGGCGCGGUUAGACACACGAGGAGGCUCAUCGGCAUUACAUGCCGGUGUGUUGGCGCGCGAUAACUCCCAUAGCGACAGAUCCUACCGGACUGCGCAGAUCCCGGGGAACGGCCCGGCAGUGAUGCGACAGUCGUCUCGAGCACAAGCAAGAGGUGGCGGCGCGUCUCAAAUGCCACGAACAUCUUAUAUGGCAGAGAACGGCCCAAUGGCGAGUAGUGAGGAGUGGAAAGAGCGUGGCGCCGCGGUAUCUGUGAGACAGGAGGUGGAUGCCAACGGCCAAACUGUCUCCCGCUAUAUCAAGAAGGGCGUGCGAGACUUCUCGUUUGGAAAUACCCUCGGCGAAGGCUCCUACAGUACGGUCGUAUUUGCAACAGACCGCCAGACUUUGAAGGAAUACGCGAUUAAGAUCCUCGACAAACGACACAUUAUCAAGGAGAGGAAAGUGAAAUACGUGAACAUUGAGAAGGAUACACUCAACCGCCUGACCGAUCAUCCAGGUAUUGUGCGGCUGUAUUACACCUUCCAGGAUGAGCAGUCACUUUAUUUCGUGCUUGACUUGUGCAAAGGAGGAGAAUUACUCGGUGUCCUUAAACGGAUGACCACUUUUGAUGAAGAGUGUACAAGAUUCUACGGCGCUCAGAUUCUUGACACGAUAGACUAUAUGCACAAGCGCGGUGUCAUCCACCGAGACCUGAAGCCAGAAAAUGUGUUACUUGACAGCGGGAUGUAUGUCAAGAUCACUGAUUUUGGAACGGCAAAGAUUCUCAAGACUCCACGAAUUGAUCCCAGCUCAAAUGGCAUUCUUCCCCUUGACUCGGCCGAGCUUUCACAAGAAGAGCGGGCGAGCUCUUUCGUCGGCACUGCAGAGUAUGUCAGCCCCGAGCUAUUGCAGGAUAGGAAUGCAUGCAAAGCCAGUGACCUUUGGGCUUUUGGUUGCAUCAUCUACCAACUCUUGGCUGGUCGGCCACCGUUCAAGGCUGGAAACGAGUACCAGACAUUCCAGAAAAUUGUGGCACUCGACUACGAGUUCCCAGUCGGAUUUCCUACAGUGGCGCGUGAUCUUGUCGAACGUCUUCUCGUCCUAGAUCCUGCUCGGCGUCUUCAGAUCGAGCACAUCAAAAAUCAUGAAUUCUUUGAAGGUAUCACAUGGGGUCCAGAUCUAUGGAAACAGAAGGCACCCCGCUUAAAGUCAUAUACACCCCCUGCACGCGAACCCAUCAAGCUCAAUGACAGUAACAACGGCGAGAGUAUGCCUCCAGUCAUCUCCACUGCCCCCUCGAACGCACCAAGUGCUAGUUCUCGCCACCUUCCACGAGUGGUUACCGAGCUACCCCCGCCAAGUCAGCUCGAUAUAGAAUGGUCACCGGUACUAAACAAAUCCAACGAGCGGAUCUUGAAAUUGGGUAAUUUGGUUGUUUUGUCUUCUGCUGCCUCACACAGCCCGACGUCCAAGAACAGCAGUGGUGAGAUUGAGGCACCUAGGAAGUUCUCUCGUUUCUUCACAGGUAGCACCACAAAGAAACGGCAGCGGUUGGUGAUGGUCACCUCGUCCGCGCGGGUCAUUAUGGCCGCAUCGGGUGGGGAUGAUAAGAAGAUCAAGCUUGAGAUUUCCCUGCUUGCUCCGGGGACAAGUUACAGAAGUACGACGGAUUCCAAAGGAAUUUCUUCCUGGGUUGUGGACACGAGAGAUAAACAUUACGUUUUCGAGGACCCCAAGCCAUCAUCAAGCAACAUUGGCGCCACAGCGGUCCAGGUACAGGAAUGGCUGGACGCAUUGGACAGAUCCCGGGAGAUGGCAUCACAGCAACAAAGCGCAGGCUACUCUGAUGAUGCAUUCCGCGACCUUUCCUCUGGCUUCCCUAGUCCCGCCAAUACCCUGGACCGCAACUCCGACAUGCAGAAAGACGAUAGAGGCCCGCCAUCAUCGAAUCGGAAUCACCUUGUGAAACAGCAGACCGGUGACACCGAAUCAACGAAAGGGAGGAAACGAUUCAGCAAGCGUCAUUCGAAGAACGGCCUCGCUGCGGUAUUUUAA